GCUCCGCCCUCUUCUACCUCAAUGUAUGCCAGCUCAUGUGCUACAUUGCUGCAGGUAGGCCAGGGUGGCAAUGUGGCAUUGUAGCAAAGGGCUGCAGGUUGGAUUCAAACCCUCGGCUGCUGCAGCAAGGACUUAGCCUUGGUACAUGGGUUGCCAGUUCUAUGAGGUAAAAUAAAGAUUGUGUAGAUCAACUGGAAAAAUGAGUGAACGAGGAGAAGUAGAAGUCACCUCUUCCGUCAACCAGUCCUCAGUUACAAACCAUACUGAAGUUGACGGUUUGACUAACUGUGAUCAGGUCAGCACUUCAGCCAACCCCUUCUUCAUAAUAGUCUUCAGUCUGGUGUUUCUGGUGGGUCUCCUCCUCAACGGCUUCAUCAUGAAGUUUUACUUCUGCCGAGGUCACCGGCAGACGUCCAGCAGCAUUGUUGUCUACCUGAAGAACCUGGCAGCAGCUGACUUCCUGCUCUGUCUCUGUCUCCCCAUCCGCAUCGCCAACUAUGCCAGCAACACAGUCGCUGUCCGCCUGGUCCAAUGCAACUUUGGCUCCGCCCUCUUCUUCCUCAACAUGUACGCCAGCAUCAUGUUCAUGUGCUACAUUGCUGCUAACAGGUAUCUGAAAAUUGUCCGAGGAACUUCAGGAACUCACAUCCUGCAGACGGUGUGGGCUGCCCACAUUGUCUGCACUGUAACCUGGGUUUUACUUCUGGCCAUGAGUAGCACCUUCAUCAUCCUGUCGUUCCACACCCAGAAACCUUUGACCUCUGUCCCAGUGAACUGUGAAAUCUUACGCAGUGGCCAGCUCAUCUCUUUCCAUAAAGUCAUGCACGCCUGCGCCAUCUCCAUGUUCAUCUUUUUCCUUGUCUCCCUGGUCUUCUUCUACUAUAGUACCUCCCGCAGGGUAUUGCUGGCACAGAGAAGCCAGCCGGCGUCCUCCAGCUCCAAGAAGCUUGUAAAGUCACACAGGAAGAUGUUAGUGCUGGUCUGUGUCUUCUGCUUUUGCUUCGUCCCCUACCACCUGGUUCGCCUUCCCAAAGCUUUCCUGUGGAGAUAUUGUUCAUGGCGCAAGGUUUUACACUACCUGAUGGAGGUGAGCAUCAUAAUGUCAGUUCUCAACGUCUGUCUGGAUCCGCUCCUUUACUUCAUCUUCUGCAAGGCGUUCAGGACCCAGCUUAGCCAGAGACUGGGGUCUAGAAAAUGAUAAUGCAGUGUUAGCUGCCAGUAAUGUCAUACAUUACACGUUGUUUUUUUGGGGGGGUUUAUAUAUUGUGGGGGCUAAUAUUGCUAUUCAUAGCUGAAGGGUGACGGGAGAGCGGGGAUGACACGCAGCAAAGGGCGUCCUUGUAAUACAAAAUUGUAACAAAAACUGAUCUUGUAAUCACAAUGUAAUAACUGUAAAUAAUACCUGCAAUGAUACCAAAUUGUGACAUAAUAACUGGUUGUAGCAUAAGAUAACAAGCCUGGCUGUCAACUUCAUGGUAGUGCUAGAGGAAGUCAGAGGAUUCAUUGUCUGAAAACCAGGAAUGUCUGUUCAAAAUGUUGUGCUGAUCCAUCAAGUAUGUUGAGAUUGGCAUUACAGGAAAAAGUCAGGUGAUCACCAAAGUCAACAAGUCUGGAACAAAAGUGGUGUACCACACGAACAAUUUAGCUAUCCCAACAAUAACUAUUAUCUUAACGUACAGUGUGUCAGUGUUUUUCUGAAUGUAGCUGAUUUCAAUUUGAAGUUCUGUCCUUGAAUACAUGUCACAUUUUUUUGAAGUUAUCUGUUGAUGCUUGUGUAGCUGGCAAUAAUGGUCCAUCUUUCUUACAUUCUCAUAUCUUUCUCUGUCUUUCAUUUAAUCUUAAUCUCUGUGUCAUACUAGUGGUGAAUACAUUUCUAUCUUCAGUCACAAAAUAAAUUGUAUGGAGUGCUGCUUGGGUGUGAAAAAAAACACAAAGCCCUCCUCUGGCUCCUGACCUCUCCCUUGGAGGGAGGAGCUCAACAAAUUUAUAGAUGUUGGCUGUGCUGAGGUUUUCAAAGCAACUGCUUUGCCACAAUCGACCUAGAGGAUGCAUAUUUUCAGCUACCUCAGAAGCAGAACAAGCUUCUGGAGAAUCUGCUGGUCCGGUCAGGGGCUCAGUCGCCAUCUCCUCCUCCUCCUCUUGAUCGGAUUGGUUUCUCCCCCGAGGAUCACCAUCGCCGGUUCCGGAACACGACGCCGGGACCUACCUACCGUCCUUUGUCUACGCUCAGCAGCUGAAAAAGACACUGCUUCCAGGUGGCUACAGCCGGGGGAAUCCGUCGGCGAUGGGCAGAUGCUGGAGGGGAUCCCAACCAGAACCUCAGAGUGGAUGCAGUGUCACAGACCAGCAAAUUUAGAGGUCACCAUCACCCUAGCGGAGGAUCAUUUGGCUGUCCAUAGUAGGGACCAGGCUCCAGAAAGGCAAGCCCUCUGCAUCCACCUGACCAAUACCGGCACCCUGCAGAAAAUUUUCACACCCUCACCUACCCAACAACAAGACACAUUUAUUCUGCCUUCCCCUUUUCCUCGCUCUAACCUACCAUCUUUUUUCAGGCUCCAGACACUACAGGCACUGCUCUCGACCCAGAGAGGGUCCCUCAGGUGUCGGGGCAGCAUUGUUGGAGGUGUGGGCAGCCUUGACACUACUGCAGGGAGUGCCCCCUCAUGGAGGUCAGUCAAGUGACCCGGGUUGCUGGCCUACCAACACUCUCCCACCUGCGUUCAGUAAGGAUUCAAGGGGGUAUACAUAAGACAAUGGUGGAUUCAGGCUGUAUGCAGUCUUAAAUUCAUCACAACCUGGUUAAACCUGGGGCGUUGGUGAAGGCAUCAUAGGUAGAUAUUAGGUGUAUGCAUGGGGAUGUUCACAGAUACCCGGUUGUGCUGGUGGAAAUUAGACAUGGGUAAAAAGCAGUGUUAAGUCUGCGGUUAGUUCCCGCUUGACUUGACUCCCUGUUUUUGGGCACGAAUUAGCCUGGGUUUAAUAUAUUAAUAGGGCAGUGUGUGGGAAUGUGUUCAAAACCGGUAGGAACAUGGGAUAUGUGUGCUAUGCUCAGUGGUGACACAGGGUUGUCCGACACUGCAGAGGGGGAGUGGGAACUGGUGGUGACUCCACAUGAGGCUCCCUCUGUUGCACUCCAUGGAAGAUUUUCCACUUGAGCAGUGUGGUGACAAUACUCUAUGCUUUGCCUUUGACCAAGUGACAAAAAAAGUUGGUGCGCCCUGAUGCAGCGGAGACAUAUCCACAUUUUACAUUGGUUAGGGACAAGCUAUACAGAGUAAAUCGUGACAGUCAGCAGAGGAAAUGACCUAGUUGUUGGGUCUGGAAACUGUUUUCCAGGCGGCUCAUUAUAACCCAAUGGUGGGUCACAUGGGGUAUGACAAAACACUAAAUCGGAUAAUUGCCUGAUUCUAUUAGCCCGUCAUUCGGGGAGAUGUACCCUGCUGGUGUGCGUCUUGUCCCGGAUCUCAGUUGGAUAACCAAUCAGCCAUCCCAAGACCGCCUGUGAGUCCAUUACCACUCAAUAAGUAUGGACCUGUAAUGGCAUUGACCUCAUACGGCCAUUUCACCGGAGUGCACGUGGAUAUUGUUUUGUACUAGUUCUGGUGAUUUAUGCAACUCGAUAUCCAGAAGCAGUGCCUCUGCGCACAAUCUCUGCAAGAAUAUUGCACAGGCACUGUUUCAGGUCAUCUCCCUAGUUGGGAUCGCAAAAGAAAUCCUAACAGAUCAACUAACUCGUUUGUGUCACGCACACUUCUGGAACUGUAUGGAUUAUUGGGCAUCAGGUCAAUUCGGACUAGUGUAUAGUCCGUUUCUCUGGUGACCAUGGUGAAAGAGAGAGCUGAGUUGGGGCCCGAGAUACCAAAUUCCACAAAUCCUGCUUUGCUCCAUAGUGAUGCCAUCUCACACUGUCCUAGAGAGCAGACGUUGCUAUGUUGCAACAGUGUUAUGCCAUGUGUUUUCCCCCCUGCCAGGAUGCACAAAUCUUUUUACACUUCUUUUCGGGUUGUUUGGUGCCCCGGCCACCUUCCAGCGGCUCAUGGACCGUGUCCUGCGUCUGCACUCUGCGUAUGCUGCCGCCCACUUGAAUGAUGUUACCAUCCAUAGUAACAGCUGGCGGGAGCAUAUGCAGCGUGUGGCAGCGGUGCUCGAGUCGCUGAGGCAGGUUGGGCUCACUGUCAACCCAAAGAAGUGUGCAGUUGGAUGGAGGGAGGUAAGGUAUCUGGGGUACCACUUGGGCAGUGGGCAGUUGCAUCCUCA